AUGGAUCAAAUUUCUUUUAAUAAUUCGCGAAAUGACAGAACACUAUACGAAGAUCUAGCUUUUUUUGAAAAGUACAAGCAGAAAGUUGAGAAGAUCACGCCUAGCAACGAUGAAUUGGAGAGAACGUUGGAUCAAAUUGAAAGUCAUAAUCGAGAUUUGGUUGCGAGCAUGAGUAACAUAGAAGAGCUCUUCAAAGUAUUCGUCAAUAGCAUAAAAGGUCCUAAAGAUCGCAAGCUAGCACAUUUGAAAGAACUGAAUGAAAAAGAUCAGAAGUUGAAGAAUGAAAUUAUCGAAGCUCAAGCAAACCUCAUCGAAAAGCGGUCUGAGAAUGAAGAACUAAAGAUUGAUCAAGAACAUAUUGAAAAUUUAAAAGCUACGAUAACUUGUAAUCUUCAGAUGGAAAAAGAAACCCUGGAAACUCUGGCAGAAGGCAACUACUUCAUGGAGCGAUACUGA